UAUGUUGCCUAGUCGUAAACCUGUAUCGCUCAGUAACAGUUCGGCAUUAGGCACGGUUGUUUCUAUAUUUGUUUGCUAGCUGACCGAUAAGACAUCCGAAAUGCGGGUAGAGAAUGGAAGGCUCUGGGGAACACUUCACGAUGGACAAUUUGAAGUGCGCAGUGUCACCGAAUCCGAUUUGGAAGAGGCGCUUGAUGUUCUCGACAGAUCUUUUUUUCUUAAUGAAUCGGUAUGCAUUGCUUGCGAAAUAAACUUGCCUGAAAAUAAGCAAGCUCGACUAGAACUGCGUGAGUUGUGCAGGAUAACGGCUUUGGACGGUGUUUCGUUGUUGGUAAAAGAAGUGGAAACUGGUCGAGUGGUGUCGGUGUCCUUUAAUAAAAUCCAGUUCUCACCACCUCCUGGCGAAGAUCACUUUUUUCUGAAAUUCCGCAAUGAGAGUGUCAAAAGUCCUCAGGCCAGGCGUCUAAUGGACUUUAUGAUCGAAGUGGACGCAAGGAUCGAUGUGUGUGCCAUGUACAAUAUGGACUGCUUCUGUGAACUGAUGUUUCUGGCCACUUUACCGAGUCACGAGCGAUUGGGACUGGGACGCUCCUUGGCCCAGUUCACCAUAGACCUGACUAGAGAACUGGCUGAGGGAAAAGGGCUGGAGGAUAUUCAUCAAGAACUGCGAUCUAAAAAACCAGAUGCUGUCACUGCGCUUUGGACCUCAAGCUUCUCGCAGAAGGUGGGCAAAGCAAUAAAUUUUAAAGUGCUCAACACAGUCUCCUAUUCGGAAUUCCAUUUUAAUGGCAAGCGUUUCGAGGAGCGCAUAAGUCCCCUACACAAAUUUUGCGAGCAUGUUAUAUACAAAUUGUAAAAUUCAAAAAAAAAAUAAAUUUAGUUGAGCAAAAAA